ACAGUUCUGUGAUACUCUCUCUCUCUCUCUCUCUCUCUCUCUCUCUGUAUACAGCAGACGCAUGAAAAGGAUAUAUAUGUAUAUACAAUAAAUGGUGCUCGGGGUGCUGAAAAGCCCACUUUAGGACCCAUCUCUCCUUCUCAUGGUUUUUCUCUCCCUCUUCUUGUUUCAGAAACAAAUGAAAUGGGAUUUCUGGUGGUAAUGUGACUCCACUAUUUCCCUUCUUUUCAAUCUACGAUACACCCACCACCCAUGGAUGCGCCCGGUGCAUUGGGUUUUGAUCCGUCAAAGUGCGGUAAGUUGAGUAUGGAGCAAAAGAGAGAACUAGUCUACGAAGUGUGCAAAUGGCCAGACAGUGCUGCUGAAAUGCUACAAGCGUGGACCCGCACGGAGAUACUGCAGCUUCUCUGUGCAGAGCUCGGUAAAGAAAGGAAGUACACCGGGCUAACAAAGUCGAAAAUCAUAGAGAAUCUUCUUAAAAUCGUGAACGAAAAGAAGUCGAACGAAGACGUUUCCGAAUUGCAGCCCUCACUGGAGAACGGUGAGAGGACUCCCAAAAGGCAAAGAAAAUCCGACCAAUCAAAUCGCCCGAUUGCCGCGGAGUGUGUUGAUGAUGCUCCUGAUGUAGAUUUGGAUAAUCCCGUUUAUUGCAAGAAUUCGGCUUGCAAGGCGAAACUGAACGUCCAGGAUUUGUUCUGCAAGAGGUGCUCGUGCUGUAUAUGUCGAAACUAUGAUGACAAUAAGGACCCUAGUCUUUGGUUGAUUUGCAAUUCGGACCCUCCGUUUCAUGGAGUUUCGUGUGGUAUGUCUUGCCACCUUGAGUGUGCCUUGAGGCACGAAAAUUCUGGUAUCUCACAGGAUAGGCAAGAUAAAGGUCUCGAUGGAAGCUUCUGUUGCGUUUCUUGCGGAAAAGUGAAUGAUUUGCUCAGCUUUUGGAGAAAGCAACUAGUAGUGGCGAGGGAUACGAGGAGGGUUGACAUAUUGUGCUAUAGGCUCUCGUUAGCUCAAAAGAUUCUUACGGGCACUAAGCAUUACCAGAAUCUAUACAGAAUUAUUGACGAAGCAGUGAAAAAACUCGAACAAGAUUUUGGCCCUCUAACCGGUUUACCUGUAAAAAAGGCUCGAGGGAUUGUUAACCGACUCCCGUCUGGCCCAGAAAUCCAGAGGCUUUGUGCUUCUGCUGUUGAAUCUCUCGAUUUGAUGCUCUCUAAUCGAGUUUCUGAUAUACCUUCUUCUGACUGCAUUGCACUGGCUUCGAAACUUGUGAGAUUUGAAGAUAUAAGUCCAGCAACUAACUGCAGCACUCUCUCCAAUCCUUCUUCGGUCGAAGACGAGACAAAGGAGGAAGAAAAUCGAGCGGAUAAUUAUCUUCCUUCAUGUGAUGCUGAUAAAACCGCUACUGCAAAUUUGACCAUAUCCAACGGUGAUGAUUUCUUGAAUCCUGAUAUCAAAGAAUCAUCGAACGAUCGGACGGUCGAGGAUUCUCCAACGGGGUUGGAAUGCGUUCCCUAUGUGUCCCCCAUCAUCACUCCAAGCAAGGACGGUUGUGGGAGGAGUAAAAAUAGACCGAAGUGCGGCGGAAAUAGUAAAGACAAGGAAGAAGAAGAGCGUAGAGAUGGGAGCUCGUCGAAGAAGAGGAGUGGAGAAGAGGAGGGGUGUGGCGUUAGUAAUGGUGGGAUUGGAGAUAAGGAUUUCGAGUACUAUGUGAAGAUGGUUCGACGGUUGGAGUGUGAAGGUCAUAUAGAGACGAGUUUUAGGCGUAAAUUCUUGACUUGGUUUGGUUUGAGAGCGAAUAGUCGAGAGGUGAGAGUUGUUAAGGUUUUUAUCGAUACGUUUGUUGAAGAUUCGGAGUCUCUAGCAGGACAACUUGUGGAUGCUUUCUCCGACGUUGUUGUUUCGGACAAGAGAUGUUCGGCGGUGCCAGCUGGAUUUUGCAUGAAGCUUUGGCAUUGAGAUGGUGGUGGAAAAUGGAAAAUUGAGUAGUGGGAUUUAAAUUGAUUCAAGAUUUGAGGAUUUGAGAGGGGGUUUCUUUUCUUCUUUUUUUCAAUUUUUUUUAAAAUUUUUAGGAAUUUGGUGGUUUAUUUUUUCAUUGAAAUUAGCAUUUGUUUAAAGUUGGAUAGUUAGGGUAUGGGUAAUAUUGGAACACUGUGUUUUGUGUUAUGGAAAUUGGUGAUUAGUUGUAGCUGUUAUUGUUCUUGCAGAAAUGGAAGAUCUGAGAAGAAGGGCCUGUUGGGAAUUA